AUGCAUUAUCGACAUACGAAUUCAUCAUAUUAUUUAAAUGAUGCACCAACAUCUAGUCUUUUAAAAGAUAAUAAUGAUUUCAUAUGGAAUAAUUCUAAUGAACUCGAUUUAAUUCAAAUGAAGAAAUCAUCUCUAAUGACAACAACAACAUACAAUCAAAGGUCUUUUUUUCAAGUUUUACCCUGUAUACGUCGUUUACAUACAAUAUUCGAUUCUAUAUGUCCAAAUAUAUAUCGUAUACAUUGUUCAGAUUCAUUAAGAAUUUUAAAUGAAAUUAUUUGUCUUACUGAUGAAUAUUUUCAUAUAAUCCCAUCAACAAAAAUAAAAAUAAAUGAAUUACUUUUUAAUGAAUAUUAUUUUGAUGAUUUUAUUUCAAAAUUAAGACGUCCAUCAUUAAUUCGUCAAAAAAAUUCUUAUUCAUCAAUAAAAUCUGAAUUAUAUUGUUUUGGUCAAGGUAUUCAUACAAAUAAUUUUAAUAAUCAACUUAAUCAAACAAUAUUAUUUUGUUUUGAAUUAACAAUAAAUAAUUUAUCAUUACCUAUUGAUAUACGUAUUUUAGAUCCAAAUGAAAAAUUAGUCUCAAAUGAUAUUAAAUAUAUAAAUACAUACAAUCAAGGUCAUACAAAACUUUUUUCAUGUAGUUAUAAACCAAUAAUUAAAGCAGGAAUUUAUAAUAUAUCAUUUUAUAUUAAUAAUAUUAAAGUACCACAUUUACAAUAUACAGUUUUUAUAUAUGAUACAACUUCGAAUAAUAAUUCUUAUCAAAAAGAAGAACAAUUAUUAAUAUUUGAAAAUAUAAUAGAAAAACCUCAACAUGAUAUACCUCAAUAUGAAUUAGAAGGUGAUGGAUGUUCAACUAAAAUUAUUGUUAAUUCAAUUGCACGUUUUCGUCUUCGAAUAAAAUCAUCUGUAACUUCGUAUUAUAAUAAUCCAAUAGUUGAUUUAUUUUCUUUAACAAUUCUUGAUCCAUAUGGUCAUACAAUAGUCGUUCAACGUCGUAUAAUUUCAAUAGAUUUAAUUGAAUUAACAUAUCAACCAAUGUCUAUUGGUGAACAUCAAUUAAUAAUAUUGUUUAAUAAUAAAAUUCAUCGUCAAUUAACAAUUGAUGUUAUAAAUGAUGAAUUAAAUUAUUUAUCAAAAUUAAAACCAUUUGGACCUGGUCUUAAACAUGCAAUUGUUGGUUUACCAACUGAAUUUUAUGUUGAUCUUAAUCAAACAAUAAAUCAUGAUAUACAUUUUCGUUUAGAACCAUCAUAUCAUGCUGAAAUUGAUUAUGAACAACAAUUAGCAACUGUACGUUAUAUACCAUUUGAAGAUGGUAAUUGUCCUAUACAUAUUCUUGAAAAUGAUAAAGAUAUUUUACAUUCACCAUUUAUUGCUCAAAUUGAAAAAAAUAUAACAUAUCAUGAAAAACCACGUAUACGUGUUAUUGGUUUAUCAAAACAAAUUGUACUUCAUCGACCUGUUGAAUUUCAAGUCUUUGUUGAUAAUCCAUUUGAUGAUUCAAAUAAUUUACUUCAUAUUGAUAUAUUAACAGAUGAUGAACAAUCUCCAUCUGUAUCAAUACGUCGUCGUCAUCGUUCUUCAUAUCUAUGUUCAUUUAUACCUGUUACAUUAGGUAAACAUUUAAUAUCAAUUGAUUAUGCUAGUAUUGUUGCUGAAAAUAAUCCAUUUUAUUGUCAAUCAAUACAAGAUAAAGAUAUUUUAUUAACUGGUCCAGCUAUAAAUAAUCAAUGUUUAACAUUAAAUCAACCGACACAUUUUUGUUUUACAUUAAAAGAUUUUUUAACAAAAAAUUUUAAUGAUAAAAAUUCAACAUAUGAAAGUGGUUAUAGUUCAAAUGAUGAUAUAUCAUCAAAAUCAUCUUUAUCUUCAUCAUCAUCAACAGAUAUUCAAACAUCAACACACGAUGAUGAUGAUGAUAAUAAUAAUAAUAAUUAUCAUGUUAGAAUAACUGAUGGACAUGGAACUAUUAAACCAAAUAUUCUUGUUAAAGAAAUUUUCGAAAAACAAAAUGAGAAUAUUGUACGUGUUGAUUUUACACCGGAUGAACAAAUUUUGUAUAUCAAUAUAUCAUGUACUUGUUCUACUACAUUUGAACCGCAUUUAACAUCAACACCAAAAAAAGUUGAUACAACUCUUAUUCUUCCAAAUUUAUGUUCUACACCACGACCAGCUCAUAUUCGUUGGUCUUUAUCGAAAUAUACUCCUCGUCCUGUUGAUUCAUCUACUCCGAAUACAAGAAAAAUAAAAAAAUCUGCUAUUCCUAAUCUUCAUCAUUUAAUUUAUCCAUUUACAAUAACGAACAAACAAACAAUGAAAAUUUGGGUGUUAUAA